AUGGCUCCCCGUGGCGCCCACCGCGCGCUGGCCGCACUCCUGGCACUGUUUGGGGCUCUGCUCACAGACUCUGGAGAUGCCCAAGUGUUCAUACACCCCCAAGACCCCAUCUUGCCCCAAGGGGGCUCCAUGGUGGUGAAUUGCAGCACCAGCUGUGACAAGCCCACCCAGUUGGGCCUGGAAACCCAGUUGACAAAGGAAGAAGUGGAUUAUGGAGACAAGUGGAAAAUUUUUAGGCUGAAGGACGUGUCAGAAGACAACAGCCUUCUUUGCCAUAGCUCCUGUGGUGGUGUCCAGGCAACAGCUUCAACUGUCCUCACUGUGUACGGGUUGCCCGAGCGUGUGGAGCUGGAGCCCCUGCCCCCCUGGCAGCCGGUCGGUGAGAACCUCACCCUGAGGUGCAGGGUGGAGGGGGGAGCGCCCCGGGCCAACCUCACAGUGGUGCUGCUUCGCGGGGAGGAGGAGCUGCACCAGCAGUCCACGGAGGGGGAGCCCGCCAGGAAGCCCGCCGAGGUCACUGUCACGGUGCCUGCGCGCAGGGAGGACCACGGCGCCAACUUCACCUGCCGCACCGAACUGGACUUACGGAGCCGAGGGCUCGGACUCUUCGAGAACAGCUCGGCCUCCAGGCAACUCCGAACAUUUGCCCUGCCAGUGACCGACCCGCUUCUCAGCAGCCCCCAGAUCUUUGAGGUGGGCAAAGAGUCAAAAGUGACCUGCACCCUCGAUGGAGUGUUUCCGGUGUCGGAGGCCCAGGUGUACAUGGCCUUGGGGGACCAUCAACUGAACCCUGUGACUGUCCGUAAUAUGUCUGCGCUGGAGGCCACGGCCCAAGUCACAGCGGACACCGAGGACAAGGGUUUCCACACCCUGGUUUGUGUAGUUAUGCUGGGGAACCAGAGCCGUGCGACAAGGGAGCAAGUGACCGUCUACAGCUUCCCAAAGCCCAACCUGACACUGAGCGAGCAAAGGGUCACUGAAGAGACCGUGGUGACAGUCGUAUGUGAGGCCCAUCCUCAGGCUGUGGUCACUCUGGUUGGGUCACCAGCCCUGACCCCAACACCAACCCAGCCCACGGAGUCGAGGGUCCAGUUCCAGUUUACGGCCAGAGCAGAGGACAAUGGGCGCAGCUUCUUGUGCUCCGCUGCCCUGAGUGUCCAGGGGCAGAUAGUGCACAAGAACCAGACGGAGGAACUCCAAGUCCUGUAUGGCCCCCGACUGGAUGAAGAGGACUGUCCAGGAAACUGGACCUGGGAGGAAGGCUCCGAACAGAUCCUUAAGUGCCAGGCCUGGGGAAACCCACCUCCGAGUCUGUCCUGUCUCCGAAAAGACAACAUCCCGCUCCCCAUCGGGCACCUGAAGCCUGUCAAGCGUGAACACCAGGGCUUCUACCUCUGCAGGGCCGAGAGCGAGCGUGGCGAGGUCACUCGUCAAGUGGUCGUGAAUGUGCUGUACCACCACAACCACCUGGCCCUCAUCCUGACCCUGACAACCGUGGCCAUUCUAAGCGUUGGAGGCGUUGCUGCUUACCUGUAUAACCGUCAGCGCAAGAUCCGGAAGUACAAGCUCCAGAAGGCCCAGGAGGCCGCCGCCAUGAAGAUGAACACGCCACCCUGA